AGUCACAGCUGACAUGUUGCUCCCCAGGGCUGUCUUGAUCGUCACAGCUGCUCUACAGUUCCCGCGCUGCCGGGCCUCCUGCCCAUCCCGCCCCGCUGCGGACAACGCUUGCACCCUGGGCGGAUCUCUGGCAGUCACCAGCGUCCCCGGGAAACUUCCUGUCAACAGUGGCAGAUGCAAUCCUGUCUAUGAUAAGGAGGAAUUCCAGCAACAGCCCCGGGUCAGAUACCCGGAAGCAAAGGCGGGAGAGUUGUACACUCUAGUGAUGCUGGAUCCCGAUGCCCCAGGAAGACGAAGAGGACAGUACUAUCUGCAUUGGAUUGUGGCUAAUAUCAAUGGAGGAGAUUUCAAAUCAGGAUUAUUGAAUGGAUCUACUGUAAUUACGAGUUACUUGGGACCAGCACCACCAGAGGGAACUGGUCUCCACCGCUACAUGUUCUAUGUGUACCGACACGAGAAGUCCACCCAGCGACUGUCUGCCACCAUAGAGGACCCGGAGCGUCAGUUCUUCACGCUGAGGGACUGGCUGAGGGAGAACGUUCCGGAAUGGUGUCCGGUUGUGCGGCAUACUGUCCGGAGUCCACCAGUUCCGGUCCGGCUUCUAGCAGUACGGCUCUCAGAUCCGGGUGAAGGCCGAAGAUAUGUGAAGUCCAGGAACCAGUGGGGCGGCGACCCCUGUAACCUCCCAGGUGGGUUGGCUGUGGAGAGCCUUCCUAACCACCAUUCAGUCACUGGAGAGAAGUGUAAUUCAUUCUACCCAAAGGAGGAGUUCAAGAAGCAGCCCACGAUCUCGUAUUCUGGCGCAAGAAAGCCAACCACGACACCAGCUUCUCCCCCUCAACUCACCUAUAAAGCAGAUCUGCAUUAUCGGCCCUGA